AUGUCUAUCGUAUUCUUUUCAUCUAAUAGAUCAUAUAUAAUUUGUCGUCAUUUAUUCACACUAAUUGUACGUCAAAAUUCGAAUCGAUUAUUAUCAAAUUUAGCUUAUACUUCAAUACAAAGAAAAGUUAAUCAUCAUAAUAAACGUAGUAUUACAUUAAAUGCACCACCAAUCAAUGAAAAACAGACAUCAUCUACACGAAACGAUAAAAUAUCUUUUCAAUUUCCACCUGGUAAACCGAAUGAUAAACCAACAUUUGAACAUUUACAUUAUAUUGAAAAGCAACUUAAACAAAUCUUACCAGAAUUUUGCAAACGAAUGCAUCCAUAUGCGCUCUAUACAGCCGAUAUGAUUUUUGAAAAUUAUUAUCAAGAUACACCGAAAAUUAUUAAGUAUGCAAAGAAAAAAUUUGAUUUAAAAACAAAUAAAUCAAUCAAAUAUAAUGAAACUAACAGUCACAAUCGUUUAACAGAUUGA